AUGAUGCAUCGUUGUGCAUCGUUCGUUUUGUUGUUUAUUUAUAUUUGUUUUGUUGACUUCAACUAUUCGGCUAAACCGACUUUUGCUGAGACGGUAUUCGAUCUAAGUCCCGAUCUUCCGGAUGAAUCGAUUUCAGAAAGCGAAGAUGGGCAAUAUUCCACUGAAACCGCUCAAAUAUUAGCAAUAACAACAACAAAAACACCUCCUGUGUCAAAUGAAACGCCACCGCCGCCACCGUUGUUAAACUAUCAGCCAAAUCAAAAUGGUAUAUUCCCAUCGCUGAAACCUUUGGGUAUAUCACCGGAUUUAGUCCCUACAAUCCCCGCUAACAAUCAGCAACCAUUCUUGCCACCUAUUCAAGUCAGCCCAUCCGUCUUCGCCCCACCUCAUCCACAAAACUUUGAAUCGAUAAAUCAACUUCAGCCCAAUGCACGUGUAAUUGUUCAACCUCAUAUUCAAACACAAACUCCGAUUCCGCUCCAGUCGACCAGGGUCGUGAAUGUUUCUCACCCGCAGUUCCCAACGCAGUCCGCACUUCAUAAUUCUCAGCAUUCAGAAGCAACCCCUCCACGAGGUCUUCUCCAUAGAAGUAACAUUGAUUAA